UUCCAAACGCAGGAGCUUUUUUGCAUUUAUGGCUGCCAUCGUUAUUUCACCUGCGCAGUUGCUUCGUUUUUCGUUUUCUUGUUUUCCCUAAAUUUUGUCCAAUUCAACUAUAAAUCUUUCCUAUAAGAAUCCAAUUCAUUACUCUUCUUCUUCGUACGAUUUUUUUUUUCUCUCGGCACACACACACAAAAAAAAAAAAAUCUACUCUGAUUUACCUCUCUCUCUCUCUCUCUCUCUCUCUCUGUUCUUCUGCUACUCAAAAAUGGCCUCCUCCGACCUCGAAAACAAGAUGAGCUUCUCCAUACAACACACUGAUUCCUCUUGUUCCAACAUUUACGACGACGAUGGAAGAUUAAAAAGAACCGGAACAUUGAUGUCCGGAACAGCGCAUGUAAUAACAGCAGUGAUAGGAUCUGGAGUGCUGUCACUGGCAUGGGCAAUGGCUCAGUUAGGGUGGAUUGGAGGGCCUUUUAGUCUUUUCAUCUUCUCCCUUGUCACUUGGUUUACUGCCGGUUUAUUAGCUGAUGCUUACAGGUAUCCUGACCCUGUUACCGGCAAUAGAAACCACACUUAUGUCCAAGCAGUCCAAAACCAUUUUAGAGAAGUAUCAAGCCCAGUUAUGUGGGACUUGCUCAAUACGCAAAUCUCAAUCGAAUCGACCAUCGGAUAUACCAUCACUUCAUCUAAUAGCAUGUCGUAG